UCAAGGAAAAAUUUCUUCAGCAAAAUUAUAGUACGCCAGGAGAGAGAAACCCUAAUUUCUUUUUAAACAAAAAGGGGGAAAAUUGAAUGCAUCAUCCAUCAUCGUUCAUCAAAGAGCUGCGCUGGCAGGCGAAAAGUGGUGAGUUGGCGUGAACGUUCCAUCGUGUUUCUGUUUUGCAUUAUUGUUGGAACGGCGCAGUCAUAAGAAUCUGGUGACGUUUUUGAGGCGCAGAAGUUCCGGGAACCUCCUCUUCCGUUGGGAUUGAUCGAUACCUUCGAGAUAUGGAAGCUUGUAGUUCAGAUAUCGAAAAUAGGGUACAAUCUAUGGAGAGGGCCUUUGCUGGAAGCAAGGCAUGUGCCGGAGGAUCGUGUGGUUUCUCUGAUUCCAAGGCCAGUUCUCAGGAUGCACAGGAACGGUCGACAUCCAUUAGAAAACUCUUGACCGCAGUUGUUCUGUGUGUUAUUUUCAUGACCGUUGAAGUUACCGGGGGGAUCAAAGCCAACAGUCUUGCAAUAUUGACCGAUGCAGCUCAUCUACUCUCGGAUGUUGCUGCUUUCGCCAUCUCUCUAUUUUCGAUAUGGGCUUCUGGAUGGGAAGCUACUCCACGCCAAAGUUAUGGAUUUUUCAGGAUCGAAAUACUGGGUGCACUGGUCUCGAUUCAAAUGAUCUGGCUGCUAACUGGGAUCCUAGUCUACGAGGCUAUUGUUCGACUCAUCCAUGAUGAGGGCGAAGUUCAAGGCUUCUUGAUGUUUCUGGUCUCUGCAUUUGGGUUAUUGGUAAACAUUGUCAUGGCCAUCUUGUUGGGACACGAUCACGGGCAUAGUCAUCACGGUCAUGACCAUAGCCAUGGGCAUCAUGAACACGGGAGCCAUGAUCAUAGCUCCGAGGACAAUCACACGCAUGGAAAUGGAGUUAGUGUCGUCGUCAGGUCCCAUUCCCACAGCCUGGGAAAUACUGACCACAAUGAACACGAUCAUGGAAUCGAUGGGAGCCUCAGCCAGCCUUUGCUCAACGAAAAUGAAAAUAGGUUGCGGCAAAAGAAGCAGCAAAUGAACAUAAACAUCCAGGGUGCUUAUCUUCACGUACUCGGAGAUUCUAUUCAGAGCAUUGGGGUUAUGAUUGGCGGAGGCAUCAUUUGGUACAGACCAGAAUGGAAAAUUAUCGAUUUGAUCUGUACCUUAAUUUUUUCAGUAAUUGUUCUGGUCACAACUAUUAGAAUGUUGAGGAACAUUCUUGAGGUUCUAAUGGAGAGCACGCCGAGGGAGAUCGAUGCAACGAAGCUUGAAAAGGGUCUGUGCGAGAUGGAUGAGGUUGUUGCUGUUCAUGAACUCCAUAUUUGGGCGAUUACUGUCGGGAAAGUGUUGUUAGCUUGCCAUGUGCAGAUUAAGCCCGAAGCUGAUGCAGAUUUGAUGCUCGACAAAGUCAUCGACUAUAUCAAGAGGGAACACAACAUCAGCCAUGUAACAAUUCAGAUAGAAAGGGAGUAAGUAGAGUAUGACUGACCUGAGUUAGUAGUAGAAACUAUAGCCUAUGGUACGUUAUCCCGUAGUUGGCUUAUGUAAGUUUCGAUUUUUCUUCUGGCGUCUGCAUUUUGUGCUUUACUGGCAUUGCGCCGUUGCUGUCAUUGUCGUCGUUGCUCAGCUACGGAAUGAAACUUACGAUUUAUUA